AGUUUUUGGUUGUUAUUGUUUGUGCGUUUUGAAAGAGCAUGGUCGCGGGUAAAAGCUGGUAUUACAUGGAGUAAUAUAAUUUUCUUCGGUGCAAUAAAGGAAGCAAAUGCCUCAGGACACCUCGUUUUUGCAGCAGAAACCAGUUAAAUCGUUAAAUUGGGUCCUACUCUGAGGUUGCUGCCGAGUGCACGAUGUAGCUACAGCUAACUAGCUAUAGUUAGCAGCUUAUAUUACAGUUCAAUGUCUAAAUACCAAAACAGUUCAGUCUCUUCCUCGCUGCUGCUUCAGGCUUCAAUCACGUGCCCACGGCAACGACUCUUGGUAUGGAUAGCGGUACGGCCCAAACAUGUUCGGGAAUUCUUUUGCAACAAAACGCGGAAGUAUACGUAAGGUAAUUGUGGUGACGUAUUCAUAGAAAAUGUUUAAAGGCUGGGGGACCUGGUUAGGGUUGCAGACCCCUAUAGAGCCAUCGACAGUUGAGGAAAAUGGACAAUCAGAAUUUGUCCCGAGUGGAGAGAAGACAACCGAGUUGGAAGACAGUGGAGUAAACAAACAGACGACACCGGAUGAAGUGGCAGUGGGAGAGGAGGGCGAUCCAGCUCCGCAACUUUUUCAGCAGGCAAAAGGGCUGAGCGGGUACAUAUAUAAUAUUGCGAGCAGUGCUACAAAGAAGAUAUCCGACUCAGUGGCGGAGACUGCGCAGACUAUCAAGAAAAGCGUUGAAGAGGGAAAGAUAGACGGAAUCAUAGACAAGACUAUCCUGGGAGAUUUUCAGAAAGAACAGGACAAAUUUCUUCAAGAAAAAAAUGCGAAAAAGACCGAUGCAGCAGUGCUACCGUGGGUUGGUUACAGUGAGGAAGAGACCAUACAGCAACAGAUAUUGGCUUUAUCAGCUGACAGGAGGAACUUCCUGCGGGAUCCCCCUGCCGGGGUUCAGUUCCAGUUUGUCUUUGAGCAUAUGUACCCCAUAGCCAUGGUGAUGUUGCAGGAGGAUGAGUUGCUAAACCGGAUGCGCUUUGACCUGGUUCCAAAACACGUUAAGGAGGAUGCCUUCUGGAGGAAUUAUUUCUACCGCGUCUCCCUGAUCAAGCAAUCGGCUCAACUCACUGCACUGGCGGCUCAGCAGCAGGCCGCGGAGAAGAAAGAGGAGGGGAAGAGUCCGGGCAGUCCUGAAGACGAUCAUCUCACCGAAGACAUCAGGCCAAAGACCCCUCCCAUACCCAUGACCAGCAAACCCAAGUCAGCGGAGCAGGAUGAAGAGGAGAUCUCCACCAGUCCCGGGGUGUCGGAGUUUGUGAGUGACUCCUUCGAUACGUGCAACAUCGACCAGGAGGACCUGCGCAAGGAGAUGGAGCAGCUGGUCCUGGACAGGAAGGCUGAGGCAGCAGCGCAGGAUGAGGAGGCUGCUGACUGGGAGAAGGAGCUGCAGCAGGAGCUACAGGAGUAUGAAGUGGUGGGUGAAUCGGAGAACAGGGACGAUAACUGGGACAAGGAGAUUGAGGAGAUGUUGCAGGGGGAAAGCUAGUGUUGUGGCCCAGAGAUUACUAUUUGGGCCCUGUGUCUCAUGAAGGAAACUGAACGAGGACCACAAAGUACUCUUCAGCUAUGGGACUCUUAACCAUUGUGAUGAACUUUCUCAAACAAACAGUUACACCAAGAUCAUGUCUGUCAGCACUUUGUCCAGGUUACAUAAUUUGAACUGUACGGCAUGCAUUGGCAUAGCAUUGUGGAAGUGCAUUCAAGCUAGUCUAGAACUUACAAAAUAUGUUAUGGUGAAAGCUUUUUAAAAUGUGAUUUUAACCACGAUGACGUUUGUAGACACAGUGCCAAACUGCAAACUGACAGCAUAAUAUGCUCAAGGACUCCUGAUCCUAGCAUAAAUUUCCUCCUAAUUUGGUGUUAAGUAUAGCAGUUGGUUGUGGAUACUGUUGAAAUAAAAUGUAAUGUCUGCUGGGCAUGUUUUGUUUUUUGUUUUGUUUUUUGUGAUAUUUUAAAAAUGAAGGAUAUUAAAGGCUAUUUUUAUCAAGGGACAAAUCUACUAUCUUGUUAAUUUUGGUUUUCCUUGUGUAUCCAAAUGAAUGUGGCUUAGAUUAGGGAAUGUCAGCUACAUUCAAUUUGUCUUCAUGACCACAAAAAUCUAGUUUACCCGUGUCUUUUUCCCCCAAUUACUGAUUUAAGUAUGAAUAAAGCAUGAUUGUAUGGACAGCUGAGAUUAGCCAGUAUGGGCCUAUUGGUCACCCUCAAGGACCAGAAAUAAUGUUGCAGUCAGAUGAGUUUUUGCAGUAUCUAACUAUGUUAGGAGGAACAAAGAUAAAUAAUUGUCUGAUUUUAGCAAAUUGUUAGGUCUAACUGAACUUUCCAUCUUAAUUUUUAUUUUCAAGAUUGAAUAAUUAUUUUGGAUGUUUUCCUGUGAGCGAAAUUUGUACAUGUACAGUGGGUCAUUUUGAUCAAGAUGGUUUCUCUCCUGUAAAUGAUGGAAUAUGAAUUAUCUGGAUUGUCCUGGUAUCACUACUUUUAGGAUUCUCUCUUAAAACAGAAUCAAUCACUAAAUAUUUUUCCAACAUAACAAAGAGUAAGUCAUGUUGUUUUUACCUUUGUGCUACUGAAAAUUGUCUAUCUUUUCUGACAAUAUUAAUAAAUAUGUUGCAUUGAAAUCACAUGCAAUUACAGUA